GAAGAAUGCCCUAUUUGAACUUGAAGUUGAAGCUCUCGCGCAUGUAAAUCACACUGCGAAACCCUAAUUUCUGAUCCCAUUACAUCCUUAAUUAGGGUUCGCAGAUUCUUUCCUAUUCUUCGACAAUUCUCUUAGCACAACUCGAGAUAUCAUAUGGCCGAUACUGGUAGCAAGAAGGAGCUUGGAUGGAUAGAGAGAGUGAAGUCGGGGGGUGCUGUUCCGCUUCUUGAUCCAGAAAACUGUCCAAAUGGUUGGGCUACUCCACCUGGAGAUAAGUUUAUGGUUAGAGGUCCAGAGUACUUCUCAACCAAGGUUAAAAUUCCUGCUGGCGAAUAUCUUCUAAAGCCUGUUGGAUUUGAUUGGAUCAAAAGUUCUAAAAAGAUUGGAGACGUGUUAAACAAUCCAAACAGCCGUGUUAGAAGGGUCAUAGAUGAUGAGUUGUCAACAGGUGAAAGGCCCUUCAUAUGGGCUUUCAAUCUGCAAGUCCCAAGCAAAGAUAAUUAUAGUGCUGUAGCAUACUUUGCAAGCACAUAUCCUAUUCCAGAGGGGUCUUUGAUGGAUCAGUUUUUGAAAGGUGAUGAUGGGUUUAGGAAUUCUAGGCUUAAAUUGAUUGCCAACAUUGUAAAGGGCCCUUGGAUUGUUCGAAAAGCAGUUGGUGAGCAGGCUAUAUGCAUAAUUGGGCGUGCUCUGUCUUGUAAGUAUUGUGUGGCAGACAAUUUUGUAGAAGUAGAUGUGGAUAUUGGAUCUUCCAUUGUUGCAAGUGCAAUAGUUCAUUUGGCAUUUGGUUACAUCACAACAUUAACAGUCGACCUGGCUUUUCUCAUUGAGAGCCAAACUGAAGCUGAUCUUCCAGAGAAACUCUUAGGCGCUGUAAGAUUUUCCGAGUUGAAUCCUGCUUCAGCUAGGUCAAUUGAACCGUCCUCUGAUAUGAGUGGCGGUGAUCUACAAUCUUCCCUGCCGACACGACUAUGGAAGUCAAUUGGGCAGGGUUUCUCCCACAUUCUUCAUCCAGGUGUCCAAGAAAGCGGCUCUUCCUCAGGCUCAUUACAUUCUAAUGGGACUGUUGAUCAUGAAGAUGCUUCUGAAAACACUAAGAGCUGAUGUAUCGGAUGAGCAUAACGAUGCUGCCAUGAGGAUAUUGAGAGGUUUGUUUUGCACGGUACUGACUCAAAAUUUGGCUUGAAGAGUAUUGAUUGGAACAUUAUCUUCUCGUCCUAAAUGGUCUCAGCCUUUGGUAUUCUUUUCCCAUUAAAAUUACUAUGAUGAAUUGUCUUGGGAAAGGCAAAUGUUAAGCGAUAGAACCCACCAAAUUCGACUCAAUUGAAUUUGUUUUCGUGUAUAUAUUGUACAGUUCUGUUCAUUUUAAUCUUAGGCGGCACUUGUUUUGCUUCUUAUGUUUCAGUGUGGUUACAUGUAUUUGCCUGGAUGUAAGUGUGCGUUUAGUUGAUGGAUUCGUGUCAUAGUUCGAAUCA